AUGUCAACCCCGGGCAUCAGCCAGAACGAGCUUCUUUCUGCUCUAGAUCAACUAUUUGCGAAAUAUUUUGACGAGAAAGACGAGUUCAGCCGAGAGAAGGACGCAGAAGACAAGUUUUGGGGGACGUAUCUGCGGACCAUGAAGGAUGAGGACGAAGCCCGCCCGAAGGAUUGGGACGGGAGUACAGGGAGCAUAUUGACUUUCACCGGUCUGUUCGCGGCUACCGUCGCCGCAUUCGUGAUAGAGAGCUACAAGUCCCUAUCGCCGGACUCGGGCGACGAGACCGUUCUGCUUCUGAGACACAUUCUUGCGGCAACAACAAACACAUCAGCGCAUGCGCUUCCACCUGCCGAGCCAUUCAGUGCAUCUCUUCCUGCCGUACUUGCGAACGCGCUGUGGUUCAUCAGUCUUGUCGUGGCACUUGCUUGUGCUCUCCUCGCCACUCUGAUGAGAGUUUUGCCAGCAGAGCUUUGA